AUGAGCGGCGGCGUGUACGGCGGAGAUGAAGUUGGAGCCCUUGUUUUUGACAUUGGAUCCUAUACUGUGAGAGCUGGUUAUGCUGGUGAGGACUGUCCCAAGGUGGAUUUUCCCACAGCUAUUGGCAUGGUGGUAGAAAGAGAUGAUGGAAGCACAUUGAUGGAAAUAGAUGGUGAUAAAGGCAAACAAGGCGGACCCACCUAUUACAUAGAUACUAAUGCCCUGCGUGUUCCCAGGGAGAAUAUGGAGGCCAUUUCUCCACUGAAAAAUGGAAUGGUUGAAGAUUGGGAUAGCUUCCAAGCUAUUUUGGAUCAUACCUACAAAAUGCAUGUCAAAUCAGAACCCAGCCUGCAUCCUGUCCUCAUGUCAGAAGCUCCGUGGAACACUAGAGCCAAGAGAGAGAAACUGACAGAGUUGAUGUUUGAGCACUACAACAUCCCAGCAUUCUUCCUUUGCAAAACUGCAGUUUUGACAGCAUUUGCUAAUGGGCGUUCGACUGGGCUCAUUUUGGACAGUGGAGCCACUCACACCACCGCAAUUCCAGUGCACGAUGGCUAUGUCCUUCAGCAAGGCAUUGUAAAAUCCCCUCUCGCUGGAGAUUUUAUUACCAUGCAAUGCAGAGAGCUCUUCCAGGAAAUGAAUAUAGAACUGAUUCCUCCAUAUAUGAUUGCAUCAAAAGAACCUGUGCGCGAGGGAUCACCAGCAAACUGGAAAAGGAAAGAGAAGUUGCCGCAGGUCACAAGGUCUUGGCACAAUUAUAUGUGUAACUGUGUUAUCCAGGAUUUUCAAGCUUCAGUACUUCAAGUAUCAGAUUCAACUUACGAUGAACAAGUAGCUGCACAGAUGCCAACUGUUCAUUAUGAAUUUCCUAAUGGCUACAACUGUGAUUUUGGAGCAGAACGGUUAAAGAUUCCUGAAGGAUUAUUUGACCCUUCCAAUGUAAAGGGAUUAUCAGGAAACACAAUGCUGGGAGUCAGUCAUGUUGUCACUACAAGUGUUGGAAUGUGCGAUAUUGAUAUCAGACCAGGUCUCUAUGGAAGUGUCAUAGUGGCAGGAGGAAACACGCUAAUCCAGAGCUUUACUGACAGAUUGAAUAGAGAACUCUCUCAGAAAACUCCCCCAAGUAUGCGGUUGAAAUUGAUUGCAAAUAAUACAACAGUGGAGCGGAGGUUUAGUUCAUGGAUUGGUGGCUCUAUUCUAGCUUCUCUGGGCACCUUUCAACAGAUGUGGAUUUCCAAACAAGAAUAUGAAGAAGGAGGGAAGCAGUGUGUAGAAAGGAAAUGCCCUUGA